GAUUCACACAAUGGUUGAACACUUGAACAGGGACGCUGGAUUUUCUCCUAUCAGCCUGGAGAGGAAAAGAAGAGCUAAAGUCCAUUAUUAAUGACUGCCAACUAGCAAAACAAACCAGGAGGAUAAUUAGAGACAUGUAACACUAAGUUUUACAAAACUAAACUCUGACUGGGUCAAAAGUCUCAGCUUUCAUCUGUCAUUCAGAAUAGGCUUAGAGGUUAAAAGUAGCGAUAAACGGACAAAAAUCAUCAUCAGUUUGGAGUUGGAGCAGGUAAAGCAGGUGUAGGUGCCAUGCGUGGCUGUGUUUGGAGCUUUCGAGCUCUGUCCCCAGCCCUCCUCCCCCGGUUCCUGUCCCACGCUCGGUGUUGUCGAACCCGAGCGGUCUGCCAUGGCCCGUGGCGCUCGGUCCAGUGUUUCAGUACGGCUCCGGAAGCCCAGGUUGCCCCUCUGCCCAGCCAGGCCCGAGUCGUGAUCUGUGGUGGGGGAAUCGUGGGAACCUCUGUCGCGUAUCACCUGGCAAAGUUAGGCUGGACGGAGGUCUUGCUUCUCGAGCAGGGGAGACUCGGAGCUGGCACGACUCGGCUGUGUGCGGGGAUAGUAAGUGUCGCCAAACCCAUUUUUAUCGAGAGCCAGAUGGCAGACUACUCGAAUGCCCUGUAUGAGCAUUUGGAGCAGGAGACUGGAGUCAAAACAGAUUUUGUCAGGACGGGAUCACUGUGUCUGGCUCAGAAUCAGGACCGUUUCCUUUCACUGAAGCGUCUGGCAUCCAGACUUAAUGUUUUGGGUAUAACCUGUAACAUCCUCAAACCCAAAGAGGUUUCCAAGCUUCACCCCAUGGUGAACAUUCAUGACUUGGUGGGCGCUCUUCACCUGCCGGGAGACGCCGUGGUGUCGCCUCCAGCCGUCAAUCACGCACUAGCAGUAGCAGCAGCAAGGCACGGAGUCCAGAUCCAUGAACGAACCAGCAUAAAUCACGUUCUUGUGGAAAAGGGUCACGUCAAGGCAGUGGAGACGGACCGAGGCGCUGUCGAGUGCGAGUACUUUGUCAACUGUGCUGGACAGUGGGCGUAUGAGCUCGGCCAGAGCAGCGAAGUGAAGGUGUCCGUACCUCUGCACGGCUGUGAACACUUCUACCUCCUCACCAAGCCUCUGCAAGAACCUCUGCAACCCACAAUGCCUGUGGUGAUGGAUAUGGACGGGAGGAUCUAUAUCCGGACCUGGCAGGGCGGCCUUCUCUCGGGAGGCUUCGAAAAGAACCCCAAACCCAUCUUCACCGAGGGCCGCAAUCAGCUGGAGAUCCAGAACAUGCAGGAGGACUGGGACCAUUUUGAACCCAUGUUGAGCGCCCUGCUGAGGAGAAUGCCGAGCCUGGAAUCAUGUGAGAUCCAUCAGCUGGUGAACUGCCCCGAAUCCUUCACCCCAGACAUGCGCUGCCUCAUGGGCGAGACUCCAGGAGUGCACGGCUACUUUGUCCUGGCAGGCAUGAACUCCUCGGGUCUGUCUUUUGCAGGAGGGGCUGGCAAAUAUUUGGCGGAAUGGAUGACUUAUGGUUAUCCAAGUGCCAGCGUUUGGCCUCUGGACAUCAAGCGCUUCGGUAAUCUGCAGAGCAGCCGCACUUUUCUGCGUCAUCGAGUGAUGGAGGUCAUGCCCCUGCUAUAUGAGCUGAAAGUCCCGAGAUGGGACUUCCAGACGGGCAGACAGCUGCGCACCAGCCCCCUUUACGACCGUCUGGACACGCAGGGGGCCCGUUGGAUGGAGAAGCAUGGCUUUGAGCGGGCCAAAUACUUUGUUCCUCCAGGAAAGGAUCUGCUGGCCCUGGACCAGAGUAAAACCUUCUACAAGCCGGACUGGUUUGACAUCGUUGGUGCCGAGGUGAAGUGCUGUAAGGAGGCGGUGUGUGUCAUUGACAUGUCCUCCUUCACCAAGUUUGAGCUCACAUCGUCCGGGGACCAGGCCUUGGAGCUGCUCCAGCGUCUGUGUUCUAAUGACCUGGACGUUCCCGUAGGACACAUCGUCCACACAGGCAUGCUCAACGAGAGAGGGGGCUACGAGAACGACUGCAGCGUGGUACGCCUGAGCAAGAACAGUUUCUUCAUCAUCUCGCCCACGGAUCAGCAAGUGCAUUGUUGGUCUUGGAUAAAGAAGCACAUGCCCAGUGAUCCACAGCUCCACCUAGAGGACGUCAGCUGGAAAUACACCGCUCUUAAUCUGAUUGGUCCUCGGGCGAUGGACGUGUUGUCUGAGCUGUCCUAUGUCUCGAUGACUCCGGAGCAUUUUCCCUCUCUGUUUUGUAAGGAAAUGAGCGUGGGCUAUGCUAAUGGAAUCAGAGUGAUGAGUAUGACUCAUACAGGAGAGCCAGGCUUCAUGCUGUACAUCCCGAUAGAGUACGCGUUGCACGUCUAUAACGAGGUCAUGUCAGUGGGACAGAAGUACGGUAUCCGUAACUCGGGAUAUUACGCCCUGCGCAGCCUGCGCAUCGAGAAGUUCUUCGCCUUCUGGGGACAGGAUCUGGACUCUUUCACGACGCCCCUCGAAUGUGGUCACGAGUUUCGUGUUAAAUUCGACAAGGAUACGGAUUUCCUGGGCAGGGAGGCUCUGUUGCAGCAGCGUCAGGAAGGCGUGACGCGCCGCUUCAUCAUGCUGGUCCUGGAGGAUCACGACGCCGAGCUGGACCUGUGGCCGUGGUGGGGAGAAGCUAUUUACCGUAACGGAGAGUUGGUGGGUGUGACUACCAGCAGUGCCUACAGCUACACUCUGGAGCGCCACGUGUGUCUGGGUUUCGUCAGCUCACCCGGUGCGCACGGCAGCGCCAACAUCAUCACACCUGACUUCAUCAACCGCGGCGAUUAUGAAGUGGACAUCGCCGGAUACAGGUACCCAGCCAAGGCCAAGCUUUACCCGUUCAGUUCGCUCUUCACCCAGCACAGACGGCGCAAAGAGGACGUCGAGCUUAGCAACUUUCAGGGCAAGUAAAGGAUUAAAGUCAACAGCUUGGAAUAAGCACACCUCUUUUUUUUUUUUUCCUGUAUAUGAUCCAUAGUUUGCUUCCUAAAGUGCAAUAUACAUCAUGUGUGCUGUGGAAUUAAUGCAUGUCUGAGUUUCAGUCCUGUCAUGUCAUCUGGAACGCCAGCUUUCUAUCUCCAAAGCAUAUCAGUUCACGUUGCACAAUCUUCACUACCUGCUCAGGUGUGUUUCGAGGUGAGCCAGCUGACGGUCUGAGGACUGGAUUGCGUCUUUUUUUUUUUCCCCCCCGUUGUCUUUGUGAGUCUGCUUUCCUUUAAAAGGAAUACACGUGGGGACAGAAUAGUGGGUGCGAAUGAUGGACGGGAGCUACAGAUGCAUUAGAUGGAGAUUAGAAUGAAAAAUGUCGGAAUACUCCUUUAAAUAAUCCGUCCUGUGAGCCGAUCAGGUCUUUACUUUCUGUCAGACUGAAAUGCUCUGCUCUGAUACAGCAGUUUAUGGUUAAACUGUUAUUUUUUUCCCCCCCUGCCUUUUUAACCCUGAUGCCCUCUGAGAAGCAAAUUCGAAUCAUUAAGGCGGCUUGCGUUUGUGAUCUUGCGCUUAAUGAGCGAGAGAGAGAGAGGGUGCCAUUUAAAUGGGAGUUUUGCAUUCUUCAAGUUCCAGCCAUUUUGAAAGCCUGUUUUCUAAAGAAGUGUGUGUGUGUGUGUGUGUGUGUAUAUAGUGUAUAAAAUACCCUUCUGGAAUGAAGAGUAGUGUAUAAAAUGUGCAUUUAUGCAGAAUGGAUGUACAUAUCUAAACAUAUCCAACCCUAAUGCCUGUUUGAUGCACUUCUGUAUAAUGUACAGUACGUUAUAAUGCAUGGACGUGCUCUUUAUUGGGACUGAAGCACUGUCCUGAAGUGUUUUUAAUACUGAAUAUUGGAUGGAUUUAGUAUUGUUGCACAGCACCUUGAAGGUCGUUAUGCUGAAGUGAAGAACUGAGGAACAUCUCAGUUGGCCAUGUCAUACCAUAGUGCAUCGAAGUCUGGUUUUUAUCGCACUUUUUUUUUUUUUUUUGGUCGAGGAUCUUUAUUAUAUACACGUCCAGAUACAAUCAUUUCUUUAUCAUGAAUGAAGUCAUUUCAUCAAUGUCUGUUUUUUCUCUCUGUCUCGUGUGUGUGAGAUGUUUCUACACAAGCGAUAAGUUUGUAUAUGAAUUAUAAAACAGUAACACUGCACUGUCAGGAAUUUAUAUUAAUAUUUUCCAACUUUUUUCUCCCUUGCAUCGUUUUUCAAUAUUCCAUUUAAGAGAUUAAAAAUUCAAAUGCUGAUGCUUUUUUUUUUUUUUGGUCACAUUUCGUAGUCUUGUGAAAAAAAAUAAGUACACCCCAUGGAAAUUGUAGACUUCUCUCAAACAAGCAAAGCAAGCAUUUCACCCUUUUGAUACAGCGCCAACAGAUAAAGGUGAUGAACAGGACAAGAAGGAAACUUGGUUCUUUUGAUUAUUUAUUCAAGAAAAAAAAAACAUGUCUGUCUGUCUGUUUAUCUAUCGAUCUUAAAUUAUGAAAAUGUAGAAAAGUCUACAAUUUCCAUGGGGUGUACUUAUUUUUUCACAUUGCUAUAAGUUCCUUCUCUCAUUGUGUAUUUGUUUCCCAGUUAAACAGACACGGGUGAUUUUUGUAUGUGAAAAUGAACCUUUCAAGUUGGGUGACUUUUGUGACAUCGUUGAGUGUAAAAGUUUGUAUCCCCUUCAGUCAUCAUAAAGAAUGUAUAUUAUAGGUGUUUGGUUCCUUUGCUGUUUCUUAGGUUCAACAAGGAACAAAUAUCAUCCAACAGGAUGUUUUCAGACGGACAGACAAUCAAUCUCAGUUUUUGAGUCCAUUAUGAAUAUUCUCUAAUAACUUGCAGGCCUUUAGAAUCUCCUCCAACUCUUUUCCCCUGUUGAUUUGCCUCAUGGUUAUAUUAUAGUCUUGAUAUCACUUUUAUUCACAUUUUGGAAUUUUUUUUUUUUCUUUUUGGAGGUAAAUUGAAAAUAUGAAGUUGUCCCCCCCGACUUCAUAGGGGGAUCGGGGUGCAAACUUUUGCUUUCUACUGUAAAUAAACACCUGGUGUUUGAGUGAGUGUUGGUGUACAGUACAGUACGUGUGUGAUUGAGAGAGGAUUAGCGAUGCAUUAUUGUAUGCAGACGAACUUUUUUUUUUCUUUUUCUUUUGUGCUGCUGUAAUGUAUGUACCGUAUUACACUCCUGUUCCUUUCAUCUUUCUAAAUUGAGAGAGACUUGUUAAGGCUGUCCAGCAUAUUUCAUGUAUUUAUACUCGGUUGUACAGGUGCGUUGUAUCUGUAUAAUAAAUAAAUAGAAUGCUGUCUAACUGAAAA